UUUUUAAAUGUUACGACUGAGUCUUCAGCAGAUUAGCUUAUACCAAAUAUGGACAUGGUAAAGCCAGGUAAAGUGUAGAGAGUGACAAGAAAUUAAAUACUAUAUUUUUAUAAUACAGUAGCAGCAAAAAUGCAACAGAGUCAAUGCUGGAAUGAUGAUCUUCUCAGCUCUCUUCACUAUCUGCUGCAGGGUCGUGCGAUACAGUGAGGUGCAAUUUCUGAACCAGACAGUGAUGCAGCUGCUCAGGAUGCUCUCAAUAGUUCCUCUGUAGAAUGUGGUGAGGAUGCGGGGUGGGAGAAGGGGUUUCUUCAGCCUUCGCAGAAAAUAGAACGUAGUACGUACGUUUGUCAUUUUAUGGCGUAGAAAGCUCUGUGUGCUUUUCCUCAGUUCACUCGCUGCCAGGUUGAAGUUUACUGAUGCACCCGUUGUUAACCUGAGAUCUGCAUGCUACUGGACGAAUCUCUUGAAGCCAUCGUGUAUUUUAAGUGCACGUCAUCUUAUUAAUCGACCUACAGAUACCCCAGGAUAGUUGUUUAUCAGACCCUGGUGCUCUACAAGUUUACACUUCCUUCAGUGUUAUUUGGACAGGCCUCCAGCUGUGUGUGUGAUGACCGAGCCGGAGGUGCUGACUGAAGUCCCAGCGGCGCUGAAGCGCCUGGCCAAGCAGGUGGUGCGUGGUUUCUACGGCAUCGAGCAUGCUCUGGCCCUGGACGUGCUGAUCCGCAAUGCCUGCGUGCGUGAGGAGGACAUGCUGGAGCUGCUCAAGUUUGACCGCAAGCAGCUGCGCUCCGUGCUGAACACUCUGAAAGCCGACAAGUUCGUCAAGUGCCGUAUGCGCGUGGAGACGGCGCCGGAUGGCAAGACCACGCGCCACAAUUACUACUUCAUCAAUUACAGGCUGCUGGUCAACGUGGUCAAGUACAAGCUGGACCACAUGCGGAGACGCAUCGAGACGGACGAACGCGACUCUACCAACAGGGCGUCGUUCCACUGUCCCAACUGCUGCAGCACAUUCACCGACCUGGAGGCCAACCAGCUGUUUGACCCAAUGACAGGGACGUUCCGCUGUACGUUCUGCCAGACCGAGGUGGAGGAGGACGAGUCGGCCGUGCCGAAGAAAGACGCGCGGACACUGGUUGCCCGCUUCAAUGAGCAGAUCGAGCCCAUUUACGUGUUGCUACGGGAGACUGAAGAUGUCAACCUGUCGCAUGAGCUACUGGAGCCAGAGCCUACAGAAAUCCCUGCUCUGAAACAGAGUCGGGAGCGUGCGGCUGCAUCCGGAGGUCCGGCGGGGGCUGGAAUGGCAGGUCAGGACGUCUGGAGGACGAAGGGCUCGUCAUAUGCGGAUAUGUACACGCAGAAUGUCGUGAUCAGCAUGGAGGAGCAGGAGAGCCAGCAGGCCCAGGCUGCCGAGGCCAGAGCCCACAAAGAGAGGCCGGUGUGGCUGACUCAGAGCACCGUGCAGGGAGCCUACAACGAGAACGAUGCCCUCAAGGCCGCUGGCGAGGACUCCAUGGUAACCCAGGAAGGUUUGGCUGGACGUGGCCACGUGCCGGAUGAGAACGAGGAAGUGAUGCGUGCUCUCCUCAUCCACGAAAAGAAGAGUGCGCCUGCACCAGCAGGCGGAGCCGUCCACAGGACACCCAUCCCGGCAGCCAAUGCCAGCGACUCGGAGAGCGACACCAGUGAAUCGGACGAGGACUCACCCGUCCGAGCCAUCGCCGCUCCACCGAAGCCGGGCAGACAGGAUGAGGACGAGGAGGACGAUGAGUUUGAGGAAGUGGGAGACGAUCCGGUGGUGAUGGUGGGAGGGAGAGCGUACUCCUACAGAGAAGUGAGCCAGAGGCCGGAGCUGGUGGAAAAGAUGAGUGCCCAGGAGAAGGAGGCCUACAUUGAGAUGGGGCAAAACCUCUUCCAGGACAUGUUCUUCUGAGCAACCUGUGCUUUCAAUCUCUCUCUCUCUCUCUCUCUCUCUCUCUGUUUCUUGCACUCUCUCUCUCUCUUCUAUUUUUCUUUUAUUAUUUUUUUUAAACGGUCUAGCUCCUUUUUUAUGCUCUCUUGACCAUUGUAGUACCACGCUGUUGCCUUCGGAACAUUGACGCACAUCGUGUGGGGAAUUGUGCUGAAGGUCAGACUCCCACAGAGGGGUGCAGUAUUAUUUUGCUCUACAGGACUCCUGAUGAUAUUUCUUCUCACUCACUUACACUAGUGGCACUCAGUCCAGGUAUUUUUGUCUUGAAUUCCAGAAUAAAUAUCCCCCCUCACACGCACACACACGCGUGCACACAUGCACACUGAUGUGUCUGCUUUUCUGGUUUGGCUUUCAGACCCACACUCUCUUGGGCAAAUAGCAGAGGGUUCAGUGUUUAACUUAAUGUCUGGAUACGGAGUGACCUUCCAGAAUGCCUGCAUGAUUUAAAAAAAACCACCCUCACAUAGGAGGGUCCUAGGGGCUGUAGAUUUGCCCUUUGAGACAGCAUAGGUAUACAUAUUACAGACCUAGAUGGUUAAUGGUGCCAUGUUACACAGAGUACUCCAUCUCUGUGUGUCGUCUAAGCUUUAUGAAGUUACCUAGUGUUAGCUUGUAUGUGUAUUGUUUAGUAUUGGGUUACUCAAAGCAUCUAUUUUGAAAAGGAUCAUUUAGCUUCCUAGAUUAGAGGUCUAAUUUCAUAAAUUUGGAUAAGGACAUGGCUAUUUGUACUCAUCAGACAGUGAGUGUGUGUGUGUGUGUGUGUGUGUGUGUGUGUGUGUGUGAGAAAAUGUUUUGGCUUUUAUUUUUGUGGUUUUUUUUUGUUUUUGUUUUUUUAAACCAUUUAUAGUAUAUUACAGACUAUUUAAUUUUUGUAUUCAAACUUUCCAUUAUAUUAAGAUACAGUUGAUGUUCUCAGAAAACAAAAUAAAAAACCCUUAACAGUCCCUCCAGGACUUCAUGAAUUUGCAAUCGCAGAAAUGGACACAAACUCAAGGAAAUGGCACAAUAUUCGGAACAGCUUACACAUUUUCAAAAUUACAGCAGUUUUCCUCCAAGAGGCGGCAUGUGACGUCAUCGCAACAAGCCUUCAGCCAAAACCCUCUUCAAUUCACGUGUCGAACGUUAUUAGAGCUAAAAGGUCUCAUUUGCCAACGAACAUCACUGCGACACAAUUUCGUGUGGUUGCAAUUUCGCCAAUUCAAGUCGUUUUCCGGAAAAAAAAAAAAGCCCCCAAAAAACUCAGCAGAUUGCAUCACAGAUUUUAUAAAAAAAAAAAUAAAAAAAAAAAGGCUUCAGCAAAAUCAAGCAUUUUUGGCUACAAACAAUAUAUGUAUAUGUUCAUAUACAUAUGAGGUCUAAGCAUUUCAUUAUCACCAUGCUUAAUAUCCUUCAUCUCCCCGCAUUUUCUCUUAAGCCUCUCCUCUUUCUGCACAGUAUUUAGGGAACAUGUUAUUGUGGGGGGGAAAAAAAUCUUUCAUUGUCAAGCAAGCACUCUUCUCUCUUUCUGUGAGGAAGUGUACUUUGUUUAAUUGAAUAUGAACACCAUGAUUUUAAACACCAUGGGGGGGUUAAAGUGAGUUCUUUAACAACAAUAAAGAGCUGUUGGUAAAUGUGGUGUAUGGUUAUAAAUGUGUGUUGGAGUUAGAUUGCUGAUUUCCAGGCAGGGGUGGUGCAUCCUAAUGGAGAACGAUGUCGCCUCGAGAACAUUUCAAUGAUAAAUGGAUUUGUUUUUUGUGAUGUGUUUCAUAUUAUUCUUUUUCUGUGUGGUGUUGUGUCAUUUUUUUUUUUUUUUUUUUGAAAGACUAGGUGUUUAUCUCUCUAAGUGUUUGAUUACAAAUUCACCAAAAUAAUAAUAUCGCAGUUACAACCAGUCACAGACCAGAGUUUAUUUCUGGCAGGUAAUUCAGUCUUUCGGUGUCUGUCUAUGUCUGCCUCUGCCGCUUUUGAAGAGUUGGAGUAAGAAAACUUUGGAACCAUUUUGGAAAAGGAUUGCUGUAGUGGGGGAAAAAAAACGAACACUUUUACUGAUUAGUGUAGUGCAGGGGAGGACUGAGUGCCUAGGACAUGCAGAUUAUGUCUCUGGGCUACAAGUUGGUAUAAUGAUCAUUAGCAUUGCUUUAAAAACAAUCAAACAAACUGCCUUUUGUGAAAUAAAACUUUUCAUUUGACCUGUUUAAAUGUAACACACUCAUGUUUGCUAGUACAACGCACAGUCACCUUGUGUGUAAGCACAUCGACAGGAAAUGAACAUACUCCUCCUAUCCGUUUCCUACACAGGGUCGCGGGGAGCCUGGAGGCUAUCCCCGGUGCCAACCCAUUACAGGGCACAAUCUCACACACACACUCUCUGGACCGUUUGGAAAUGCUAGUCAGCCUACAAUGCAUGUGUUUGGACUGGGGAAGGAAACCCUUGAAGCGAACGUGCAAGCUCUGCGCACACAGGGUGGAGGCAGGGUUCAAGCCCCCAACCCCGAAGAUGUGAGGCAAUUGUGCUAACUACUGAGCCCACGUAUACGAGAACAACACAUCGCAUAGGUGAAGCCUUUUUUUAAGGGUACAAACAUGAUGCUUAAUCAGGAGAGGAUAGAGACGGUGCCUCCUCACUCCUCCUGUGCAUUUACAUAUUUGUGUAAUUUCUAUACUCUGUAUUAAUGGACAUAAUUAGUGCUCCAUUCUUAUGUCCUUUUUUUUUUUUUCUAGCUGAUGCUUUUUUGCAUAGUUAAUUGGACUUCCAGGAAAGUAUAGCAUGUGGUUGGGCAAUGACAUGCAAGCUUUCACUUGCCCAUUUGGUCUGUUUUUAUGAGAAGUUAUAAUUUGUCCAUCCAUGUGGUGUUUAUGUGAAGAUCCACUAGACAGGCAUUAGUGCUAGCCUAAUUUUUGCCCACAGUCACAUAC